AAGCGAAUAACCGGAGAGAGUGAGGGAGAAAGAAUGGCUUCCUUGUCACAGUCUCAUGUGUCUCACUGCUUCGUCGGGCAUAAAUCGAUAUCCAUCCGUAGAAACCCCAGAAGAAUCGAUGGCCAUUCUUCACACUUGAUAAUCCGUGCUUCUUCCUUGUCGUCCGAUAACUCUACAUCACCGUCGUCUUCCGUUGCUGCAGCAUCCACUGUUCUUAAGCAUCGCCGACCUGCGGACGAGAACAUCCGAGAGGAAGCUCGCCGUCACAACAACUGCAGCCACAGCCAUGGUUUCUGCGCCAAAUACGUCCCUUUCAACGCUGAUCCCUCAUCGACGGAAUCAUAUUCCCUCGAUGAGAUCGUCUACCGGAGCCGCUCCGGUGGACUCCUUGACGUCCAGCACGACAUGGACGCUCUCAAGAAGUUCGAUGGCGAUUACUGGAAGUCUCUCUUCGAUUCCCGCAUCGGCAAGACUACUUGGCCCUACGGCUCCGGCGUCUGGAGCAAGAAGGAAUGGGUCCUUCCCGAAAUCGACAGUGACGACAUUAUCAGCGCUUUCGAGGGAAAUUCCAAUCUUUUCUGGGCUGAGCGUUUUGGCAAACAGUUUCUGGGCAUGAACGAUCUCUGGGUCAAGCAUUGUGGGAUCAGCCAUACUGGGAGUUUCAAGGAUCUGGGCAUGACCGUUUUGGUCAGCCAAGUGAAUCGGUUGAGGAAGAUGAAUCGGCCGGUGGUUGGUGUCGGUUGCGCUUCCACCGGGGACACCUCUGCGGCUCUCUCUGCCUAUUGCGCUGCCGCUGGAAUUCCAUCCAUUGUGUUCCUCCCUGCCAACCGGAUCUCGAUUGCCCAGUUGGUUCAACCCAUCGCAAAUGGGGCUUUUGUUCUUAGUAUUGAUACAGAUUUUGAUGGUUGCAUGCAGUUGAUUCGAGAGGUUACUGCGGAGCUACCCAUCUAUCUUGCAAACUCUUUGAACAGUCUGAGGCUUGAAGGCCAGAAGACCGCUGCAAUCGAGAUACUGCAACAAUUUGAUUGGGAAGUACCCGAUUGGGUUAUUGUUCCAGGAGGAAAUCUGGGGAAUAUCUAUGCUUUCUAUAAGGGUUUCCAUAUGUGCAAAGAAUUAGGGCUAGUUGAUCGGAUCCCAAGGCUUGUGUGCGCUCAAGCUGCAAAUGCCAAUCCGCUUUAUCUGUAUUAUGCUUCAGGGUGGUCUGACUUCAAGGCAGUGAAAGCUAAUACUACUUUUGCGUCUGCUAUACAGAUUGGAGACCCGGUUUCUAUUGAUCGAGCUGUGUAUGCUUUACAGAAUUCAAAUGGAAUUGUAGAAGAAGCGACUGAAGAGGAACUAAUGGAUGCCAUGGCCCAAGCUGAUUCCACUGGGAUGUUCAUAUGUCCUCACACUGGUGUUGCGCUUACAGCUUUGUUUAAGCUUAGGAAUAGUGGGGUUAUUAGGUCUACAGAUCGAACAGUGGUGGUCAGCACGGCUCAUGGACUGAAAUUUACCCAAUCUAAAAUUGAUUAUCACUCCAAGCAGAUUCCAGACAUGGCUUGCCGGUUUGCUAACCCGCCUGUUAAUGUGAAGGCAGAUUUCGGAUCAGUUAUGGAUGUUCUGAAGAAGUAUUUAUUGAGUAAGAAUUCAAAACUUUAGUUCUUUCUUUGAGCACUGUAAGUUUAGUCCCUGUACUCUAACUUCUCUAUUGGGUUUUAGCCUUUUAGAUUAUUGUUAUUGCAAGGUUUAUCCAUUUCUUUCUUUGAUGCUUCUUUGAAGGAGUUGAAAUGGUCCACCACACCUUUAGAGUUUGGCAGAGGAAAACCAUUUUGUAAUGGUCUUUUGAUUUAUAAGAUUGUUAAGGAGUGUUUCGUUUUG